UGUUGUCGUUCGCAAGAUGUUUCCUUUUUCGUGAGUGAUUUAUGUGAACCGUGUCAUCCCGUGUCCGUCUCCCCUGCAGCGCCACACUUUCCGAUGCCUGGUCCAACCAGCCAACAAGCGCGACUGGCACCAGUUUUUCUUCUCCCUCGCGUUUCCUUCACACUGUACAGCGGGCAGCCUACUUUUGCGUCCACCUCUCCAUUUUCAUAAAGUGUAUUUUCGCAGCGCUAGUCGCGUGUGUAAAUUAACCCGCGAAUCUCGUCCGACGGGUGGUGAAAUUGGUUUCACACUGCAAUCCGCGGUGGGAUGCUGGUCGGUGUUGUUUAGUGGUCGGCGAGCAGAGAAAAGAGUGGAAAACCAACCACACAACAACCACGGGCGGGAAAGCUUGUGUUGGUAGGGAAAAACGGCGCUAGCACACAACACAAAGCGCGAUAAGAAGAAACGCCCCGGAUAACCGGUUCCUCGGUUUGACCUUAAACGCGGGCCGGAAGUGAAGCUGAAAUAGAAUCAUAUUCCCUGCGCUCCGGAAGCGAAAGUGUUUGCGCCUGCCUUGCGUGUUUUGGAGGUCGUGCUGUGGGGUGGGUGCGUUAUAAAAAGGAAACGAUAAAACAAAUCGGACGUGGUAAAAGGAAACCUUUCCAGCUACUUUGGAUGCUUCGGAGCUGAGAGAGAGAGAGAUAUCUACCUGGGACGAUCCGGAAGGCGGAAGAUUUGUUUUAUUACUCGACAAAAAUAAAGUCCAACCCAUCCCGAGGUUAAGAGGUGCUAUCAGUAUCGUGUGAAUAAUUGCUCCUGUUGCCCUCUACACUACAAAGGAUUAUCCCGAAGCAUGGUGCAGAAGUAUGAAUCUCCCGUCAGGAUCUACAAAUAUCCUUUCGAGCUGGUCGUCGCGGCGUACGAGCGGCGCUUCCCAACCUGUCCGCAGAUGCCGAUCGUGCUCGACUGCGAGGUGAUCGAGGACAGCGUGUUCGACAAUGGGGCGCGCCGGGACACGAAGCGUCGGUGCAAGAUCGCGGUCGAGGCACCGUACCUGAUCAAGAAGAUCAUCGGCGUGGACGUGGUGUACUUCAUCCAGAAGAACUUCCUCGACAUGAAGACGCGCACGCUGAGCAUCGAGGCGACGAACGAGUCGUUCGCGACGCGGGUGGAAAUCUUCGAAAAGUGUCGCUACUACGCGCACCCGGAAAACCCGGACUGGACGUGCUUCGACCAGACGGCGACGCUGGACAUUAAGAACUUUUUCGGCAUCGAGCACUCGAUGGAGAAGAUGGGCAUGAAGCAGUACACGCAGACGACGCUCAAGGGCAAGGAGAUCAUCGAGUACUUCGUCAACGAGCUCAAGCAGGAGGGUGUCACGCAUGUGGAGAGGUGGGUGGAUACCGAUGUGAUGACUACUAGUACCACGAACAACACCACCACAAGCGGCACGGUGCUCUCGGAGAAACCCCCGCUGUGUCGCGACAACUCCAUCCUGGACGCGGACUACAUCGCCAAGCAUCUCGGCCAGCUGACGCCACUGCAAGAGUCCAAACUGGUGCAGUUCCGUAAGCGACUGGAGGAAACGACCGAACAACCGGUGCCGGACUAUCAAACACUGCUCCGGUUUCUACGAGCGCGCGAUUUCAGCAUCGACAAGGCCACGGUAAUGCUGCAGGAAUCGCUGCAGUGGCGCAAGGAGCACCGUAUCGAUGACAUCCUCGGCGAGUACAAGACGCCCGCCGUCGUGGAGAAGUACUUCCCGGGCGGAUGGCACCAUCACGACAAGGACGGACGUCCGCUGUACAUCCUACGACUUGGCACGAUGGAUGUGAAGGGUCUGCUGAAAUCGGUCGGCGAAGACGAACUCCUCAAACUGACACUGCACAUCUGCGAGCAAGGCCUGCAGCUGAUGAAGGAUGCGGCAAAUCAGUUCGCCAAACCAAUCUGGAACUGGUGUCUGCUGGUGGAUCUCGAUGGCCUCUCGAUGCGGCACCUUUGGCGGCCGGGAGUGAAAGCCCUCCUGCGCAUCAUCGAAACGGUCGAGACAAACUACCCGGAAACGAUGGGCCGCGUGUUGAUCGUGCGUGCACCGCGCGUAUUUCCCGUUCUGUGGACCAUCGUUAGCACGUUCAUCGAUGAAAACACACGCUCAAAGUUUCUGUUCUUCGGUGGACCGGACUGUUUGCACGCGGAAGACGGGAUCGAGCAGUACGUACACACGGACAAGAUCCCCAGCUUCUUGGGAGGGUCAUGCAGUACGUUGAUCCACGAAGGGGGCCUGGUCCCGAAGCACCUCUACAAGUCGGAAUCGAUCGAGGAAAGCAACGGUGCGGUUCACGCGCACGAUCACCACGGACUGUACAAAUCGGUCGACCUCAAACCGGGCCAGCUGUUCGAGCUCAUCAUCCGCAACACCGACCCAAAGAGUGUCCUGACGUGGGACUUUGAGGUGCUGAAAAAUGAUACCCUGUUCGCCGUCUACCACACGGAGAAGGAACUCGGAGCGAGUGGAAGCGAUAAUUUCGCUUCAGUGUUUGACUCAGCAGACUUCAAGGAAGGUGUGAACUAUAAGAAAAUCGAACAGAACGUCAAAUGCCGCCCGAAAGAAGGAGUACAGGGCUCCCAUGAAAUGGCUAGCACCGGUUCGUACGUCCUACAGUGGAUGUGUCCACCGUCCUGCGACGGUCCGGCCCAGCUGAUGUACUUCCACGAGGUUCUCAGCUCGGCCAACUACAAAGGCUCGAUGACUAGUCUGCAGUCGGGAUUCUCCUCGAACAGCCUACAAUCUCGAUGAUGAACGGCAACGCAUGAGACUGAACGGAGCGCCACCACAUCCGGGGCCUCCGCCCACUCGAUAGAGGGAGAAUGUUCCCACAUCACAAGCACUAGCAUUGGCACUAGCGGCGAGCCUGCCGGCACCUUGCCGACCCCGUAACUCUGUUCAAUCAUACCCAGUAUGUGUAAGCAGCAUGAAUCUCGGCGCAUAACCAUCUCCGCUAUGGUUCUUUUUAAAGUGAAUCUUUAUCAACAAUCCAAACUACCCUUACUAUGAAUCUUUCAAACAUUUUGACUGCAGAAAUUACCUCCCUGGGAGGAAGGAGGCUAGAAUGAAAAGGUUGUAUUUGCACUGAAACUGAAAGCAACAAAAGGAAAAUCGAAUUAUGGAGAAACGAAACUCUUCAAAGAAACACUAUAUAACUAUCUAACUAGAGGCAGCUAAACGACACAAAAACAAGAAGCUAAACAAGGUACAUUAUAACUGCUUAAGGACACCUGUUACUGAAUGUGAAGUAUAAUCAAUUAACGGAGAGAAGAAGCAAAACGAUACAACAAUCCCUCAAACAGCAACCGAUAAGGAUCUCGUAGGUGAAAAGUGUAGGUAAACAAAAAAAGCAAGGAAGCUGUUUCGUAUGAAUCUUAGCAAAAACGCUACUUCCCUGCCGCCGUCCCCAAGUAGGUCUGAGCGUUUGUAAGUGUACGUGUCCCCGGUGUGAAGUGGACAAUAAUAAAGGGCGACGACACAGAGUAGAGAGGUAGCAUAAAACGUAGGGAAACACGUCUGGUAGAAUCUAGAAGAAAAACCAACCAGUUCACAAUUAUAGUAUCGGUAUGUAAAAAAAAAAGUUAGGCCAACACAACAUUUACCCGCAGAUUUUUAACGCUUUGAUUAUGAAUGGUCCAGCUGGUUUAAGCUGGUCUAAUGUGAACCUCCUUUUUUAAACUAGCUACCAUGCACGUCUCUUACCUCCAGGUAACCUAAAACAAUGAAAAUGAGAUAUGGAUAUGGAUCAUUUAGCUUUUUGAAAAUUAUUUUUAAAUGAACACAUUUACAAUCUUCGUUGAAAUGUGUAAAUUUACAGUCUUGUGCAGUUUUUACAAGUUAAAAUAUUCAAAUAAUGAUAGUAACUGGAAGUUGGAAAAAUCUCUGCUAAAUCAUACCAUGUACGGCAGGAGUAACGUUUACCAAAUCAUUCUUUUCACAAGCAACUAUCAAGAGCUAUACACAAUUGCUAAGAAAUGGCUUAAACAGAAUGCCCCGCUCUGGUCCAUCCAACUAAAUCGAUCCAUAUAGUCUCGUAUCACCAUAGAACACUAGAGAAUAGACAAGUGUAAAAUGAAUCCCUAAGCUUACGCAUCCAUCAACAUAUUUUCUAUAAGCAUAUUACAGAAGGCAAGACGUUAGCAAAAACGAAAGCUCCCAUUGUCCAUGGUCGCGGGACGGAUUGGAUGACACUAGCCAACAAAUACAGCACAAUCUCCCCGGUGGAAGUGUUCUAGGAUCUGAGAUCCGGAGCGAAGUUUUUAGACAAACAUGCGUGCGACGAAGGCACAGGCGUAGGUGUGUGUUUGUUGCGUAGGGCAAUAUCUUAUGAGAUGAGGUGAAAGGCUUUAGUGAAUAGUUUAUAUAGAACGAUUAGAAAAUGAGACGUACGAACAGUAGGAUUUUAUGUGUUUUUUGCCACUCAAAUGUGUCGAAUUUGGAUUUUAUAUUUUCUAACUAAUUCAGUAAAAUUAGCGCAGGUAAUCGUAAAACCCGUGAUACAAUUAUUUUACGUUGUGUGUUUAUUUUAAGAUAUUGUUUACAACCAUUGGAGUAGGAUAAGUGGAAAGUAGAUGUAAAAAGUGUUUUUCCUUAUGCCACAAAUGGAGAAACCAAUUUGGCACCAAUUUGGCAAUUUUUUUUCAAUUUUGGUUUUAUUGUUAUUCCAUCAUUAAAACCUUCGAAUCUAAACCUCUCAAGAUCUGCGGAAGCAAAAAAGGGCGUGAAGUGAAAGCGUAAAUGAACGUCUAAAACAUGUCAACAAUACGUAUCGCAUUGCAACCAAACUAAUGUUCAAAGGCAAACAAAAGAGACAUACAAACGAAGCAUAUAUAACUAUCGUAUACAAUCGAGCAACAAUUAUUAGGCGAUGGCAAUGGUUACACUUUAAUUGUACACUUUGUUAAAUUAAACACACACACACACACACACAUUUUCGAAUCUUAUAACCAACAUCACACGUCCGUCAACAUCGAUCCAAGCAAGUUUAAAAAAAAACCCCAGUAGGCCACUGUUGUUAAUUAGAUGUUUAAACGGAAAAGGAAAACACUUUGCAAACCCUUGCAAUGAUAGGUUUCGGACACCACACGGGAAAACAAGCGUUCGUUCGUUAAAACGGUAGCUUUGGAUUUUUAAUAAUUUUGUGAACACAAACGGGAUAAGUAAAACAUAAAACAUACGAUACGCAACCAGAGAGUGUGACCUGAUCGAAUGGGGGAGAUUAGCGGAUAAGGCUCGACCCCAAAAAAAAAAAAGCCUAACUAGAAAAGAGAAAACAAGAAAUUUAGACGCUUUAUCGGUAGCCACCAAUAUUGGCACGGAUUUGUUAGUUUGUUUAUUCGCAAACCAAUUACUCGCGGGUUUAUCUUCAUCAUCAUUGUCAUCGGCAAGUGAUAGAACAUGGUCAUCCAGGGCGGCGUGUGAAGGAAAACGUGGGAGGAAAACGAUCGGUCAUCCUAGAUAUAUCGGUAGCUCAGCGUAGGAAACCAUACAUGUAUGUGUUUUUGUGUGUAUGAUUAACCAACCGACGGUAGGAAAAAUAUAGGAGCAGGUAAGUUUGUUGGGCAGCUGCGCGGGAAAGGGGAAAAUGGUGAGGCACAUAAAAAUGAUUUCUGAAAGUAUUGUAUCGUCGACAUUAGAUUAUACAGCGCUAUACAGAUAAUAAAGAUAUAAAGUAAUA